GCUCUCGCGGCGUACAGUGCUGAACGAAAGCCGCUCUUUCUCCGUUCUUAACUAUUGAACCUUGGCUUAUGGUCUCGGACAUUUUCUUGACUUAAACACAGUAAUACUACAUACGUCUUCUCUGGAUGGAUAGACAACGGCAUAACCGGUGACAAUAUAAGAGGGAGAUUUCAGAAGAAAGCUGUUAUCGUGUAGUAAGAUCUUCUAACAACACCCGAAACAUUGUCAAUUUCAAGUGUCACCGAGAAACACCGCCACUCUACUGAAGCCAUGCCCUGCGUUCAGGCUCAGUAUGGGUCAUCACCACAAGGAGCCAGCCCUGCUUCUCAGAGUUACAGCUACCACACCGCUGGAGAGUAUAGCUGUGACUUCCUAACGCCAGAGUUUGUUAAGUUUAGUAUGGACUUGACCAACACUGAGAUCACAGCCACGACUUCUCUCCCCAGUUUCAGCACGUUCAUGGACAACUACAACACCAGUUACGACGUUAAGCCUCCCUGUCUAUACCAAAUGCCCCAUUCUGGAGAGCAGUCCUCCAUCAAGGUAGAGGACAUCCAGAUGCACAGCUACCACCAGCAGCAUCUGCCACAUCAGUCUGAAGAGAUGUUAUCCCACUCCGGUUCAAUGUACUACAAGCCCUCCUCUCCACACACUCCGACAACGCCAAACUUCCAGGUUCAGCCUAAUCACAUGUGGGACGAUCCUGGUUCCCUUCACAGUUUCCAUCAGAACUAUGUGGCGACCACUCACAUGAUUGAUCAACGCAAGAAUCCCGUGUCCAGGCUUUCGUUGUUCUCCUUCAAGCAGUCGCCUCCCGGUACGCCUGUCUCGAGCUGUCAGAUGAGGUUCGACGGUCCUCUUCACGUAUCCAUGAACCCCGACACCCCAGGAUCUCAUCGCUCUUUGGAGAGCCAAAGCUUCGCUGUACCCAGCGCGAUCAGGAAACAGGCAGGCUUAGGCUUCCCCCAUUCCCUUCAGCUCAGCCAUGGUCAUCAGUUGAUGGACAGCCAGGUUUCAUCGCCUCCCUCAAGAGGAUCUCCGUCCAGCGAGGGUCUGUGCGCCGUUUGCGGGGACAACGCUGCUUGCCAGCAUUAUGGAGUGCGCACGUGUGAAGGCUGCAAAGGAUUUUUUAAGCGCACUGUUCAGAAAAACGCUAAAUACGUGUGUUUAGCAAACAAAAACUGUCCUGUUGAUAAACGCCGCAGAAAUCGAUGCCAGUACUGCCGUUUCCAAAAGUGCCUUGUUGUCGGGAUGGUAAAAGAAGUCGUUCGGACCGCCAGUCUGAAAGGAAGAAGAGGCCGUCUGCCCUCCAAACCGAAGAGCCCACAAGAACCCCCACCACCGUCGCCGCCCGUCAGUCUCAUAAGUGCUCUGGUGAGGGCCCAUGUGGACUCAAACCCUUCCAUGUCAGGCCUGGACUACGCCAGAUUUCAGGCUAACCCUGACUACCAAAUGACUGGAGACGACACUCAUCACAUCCAGCAAUUCUACGAUCUUCUGACGGGCUCCAUGGAGAUUAUCCGAGGCUGGGCGGAGAAGAUCCCGGGUUUUGCCGAUCUUCCCAAGCAGGAUCAAGAUCUCCUCUUUGAGUCUGCUUUCUUGGAACUUUUUGUUCUGCGCUUGGCGUACAGGUCCAACCCAGUGGAAGGCAAACUCAUUUUUUGCAAUGGGGUGGUCUUGCACAGGCUCCAGUGCGUCCGCGGGUUCGGAGAAUGGAUCGACUCAAUAGUGGAAUUUUCUUCCAACCUUCAGAGCAUGAAUAUAGACAUAUCAGCCUUCUCGUGCAUAGCUGCCCUCGCCAUGGUAACAGAGAGACAUGGACUAAAGGAACCUAAGAGGGUAGAAGACCUUCAAAACAAGAUUGUAAAUUGUCUGAAAGAUCAAGUGACGUUUAAUGGCGGAGGCUUGAAUCGUCCAAACUACUUAUCAAAACUUUUGGGAAAGCUCCCCGAACUUCGUACCUUGUGUACGCAAGGUCUGCAGCGUAUAUUCUACUUAAAACUCGAAGACUUGGUACCUCCACCAGCAAUAAUCGACAAACUGUUCCUAGACACACUACCUUUUUAAAAAAGUUGACAGAGACCUUUCCGUGCGACCUCAAAUAACUUCUGACUCUGCCUGCAUCCACCGGGGACGGGACUCUUUUUGGGUCAGCGCAGUUCUGCUCCUGAAACAUUUCAAGCGCUGUCUUUCUAGUUGUCCUUUAGAUUCUGGUCAAGGAUGCGAAACAUUAAAAGAAGAAAGGGAGGGGGAGAGAGAAAGAGAGCAAAUAAGGAAACACUAUAUGUUAUUUAUGUUUUUUAAUUGUUUAUUGAAAUAUUUUGAGAAAAUUAACGACCUCUUUUCGAGGGAGAAACUGUUCGCCAAUGCUUUACUUAACUUUUUGGUGGGACUGUUCUUGGAAAAAGUCAAAAGAAAAAAAAUACGCAAUUGCGCCAAUUACUGUCAACUAAAUUAUCUGCUGUAUGGAAAACAUCCUAUAAUGUAAUAUACUCGAUUUAUAUACAUACAUAUAUAUGCGUAUAUAAUACAUUUAUGUGAUGCGUCCGAUGCGCCAGUUCAUAAGAGUGUGUAUAAAGCUCGUGAAUGGCAAAGUUCCGUUUUGCUUUUAUAUUAUGUGCUUAACUGUUUCUGUCAAGAUUACAGAAGGAUGGGGUUAUUUCAAAACGCAUGUUGUAGGCUAUCUAUAGGCAAUUGCUGUCGAGGUGAUGUCUAUAUUAUACAUUAUAUUCCGGACACUAUGUAGUCUGAUAGAUUUUUCUAAAAAAUAAGAAUUCGUAGUAUUGGGAUAACUUUUAAUUAAGGCACAUGUGGACAACAAAAUAUCUCAUCUGUAUAGGUAAAAAGGGACCCAUAGUGUUUGUAAAGCUGUCAUACAUUCCUUGUUUGUAUGUGCUGUAGGUAUUGUUGCUGUUGAAUAUAAAGUAUAUUUUUGUUGCUACAUUUGCAUGCUACAGGUUAAAUAAUUUCCAGAGCAUCAUGAUUCACGGAUAACGUUCCAGCACUAUGACUUUAUUUUAUGUCUUAAAGAGGACUGGGCAUCUAUAUAAUUAUCAUUUAAUUUCUGGGUGUUUUUUUUUCUUUUUUCUUCGAAUUACCAAUACGUCCUAAGUGUAUAUUUCUGAUAGAUGUGUGCGGUACAUAACGCCUCCCACUGCCUUUUAUAUGAUGUAACUGAGUAUUGCAAUGCAUUCCGUGCCGAUACCGAAAAAAAUCUCUCUUUGAGAAAGAAAUAUUUAAUGUUUACAAAUAAACCUGUUAAAUUAUU